AUGACCGAGGACGAGGAGAAAGCCCACGCCGGGUUUGAGGACCUGUGUCGGGCUGUGAAUAUGGACCAAGACGCGAGCUGUGAAGCCUGGAAAAACUAUCUGCAAAUCAGCUCCACUUUCACUUUAGAGGGGGACGCUCGGCACUGGCUGGUCUGUGCUCUGUACGUGGCCUGUCGCUCCUCGGUCCCGACUCUGGACAAAGGAACAUGUGAUGGGAACUAUGUGUCACUAACCCGGAUCCUGCGCAGUGCCCCCAUGAGUCUGAUCGAGUUCUUCAAUAAGUUGAAGAAAUGGCAGGACAUGGCCCAGCUGCCCGCGGCCUUCCGUCAGCGCACCGAGAGGCUGGAGCGGAACUUCACCGUGUCGGCUGUGAUCUUCAGGAAAUAUGUCCCGAUCUUCAAGAGCGUAUUCAAAUCCCCCACGGAGGAACCAGCCCGCCUGCACCGCAGCCGCAAGCAGAGACGGCACCCGUGCUCUGUCCCUGAGCUCUUCCACUUCUGCUGGGUCCUGUUUGUUCACGCCAAAGGUAACUUCCCGAUGAUCAGCGAUGACUUGGUGAACUCCUACCACCUGCUCCUGUGUGCGGUGGACCUGGUGUUCUGCGGCGCUCUGCUCUGUCCCAGCAGGAAGGAACUGCUCAACCCCAAUUUCGCAGGUCUCCCGGAGGACUUCAGCUCUAAGGACUUCCGGACUCCCUCCCCUCCGCUGUGCUUUCUGCAGCCUCUGUGUGAGCUCCAUGACGGGCUGGUGCUGGAGGCCAAAGGCGUCAAAGAACACUUCUGGAAACCCUUCAUCAAGAAACUCUUCCACAAACGGGUCCUCCGAGGGAAAGAGGACGCGCUCUCUGGGUUUCUGGAUCCUAUGAACUUUGGAGACAGUUUGUCGGGGCUGAACCGCGUGUACGAGGAGCACGUCUUGGCGUCCGGGGGUCUGGACGAGCGGAUCUUUACUGGAGACGCGGCCCGAGACGACAUUGGGACACCAGGGCCCUGUCUGUGUGAGGGCGAGGAGAACCAGGACAGCGCCAUCUACAGGCUGCACUCCAGGCUCACGGCAUUGGCGUUGAAGGUGUCCACCCCGCUCACCGGGAGGAGGUUUGUCCCUGAGAACAGCCUCAGCUCUCCUGUGUCCCGGGCCCUGGAGAGUGUGGGGCGACUGCACACGCUGCUGUCAGGAUCCAGGCACGGACCCAGCGUCAGACUGACCUCCACUCUCAAAGCGUGUGCCAGAGACCCCACUGAAAGCAUCUCUCUGAGGCUGAAGGAAAUGUGCGACACCUUCUCUCACUAUUACGAGAGCAGCGCAGAGGAGAGCGGCGGCAUGGACAGAGACAUGGCCCUGAAGUACUUCAGCCUGGCGGAGAUGCUGUAUUACCGCACGCUUGAGUCCAUCAUUGACCGAGAAAAGGGCAUUCUGGGAGAUGCCGACCUGUCUGGCUUGUUUGAAAAGGACCUGUUCCAGCGCUCUCUGGUCGCCUGCUGUGUGGAGAUGGUGCUUUUCUCCUACAGACCUCCAGGAAACUUCCCCCAAGUGAUCCGCCUCUUCAGCCUGCCUGCUUUCCACUUCUACAAGGUCAUCGAGGUGCUGGUGCGCGCGGAGCAGAGCCUGUUUCGGGAGGUGGUCAAACACCUGAAUCAGAUCGAGGAGCAGGUCCUUGACUCUCUGGCCUGGACCCGGGACUCUCCUCUGUGGGACAGUCUGGGCAAGGACCAUGUGCCCUCCUGCAGAGAGGUGAUGCCUCCUCAGUUCUUGGAGCAGAGUGAUGGGAGCAGCUCAGUGACGCUUCCCCUGACUGUGAACCAGGGACCAGACCAGAACGCCAACAAAGUAGUUUCUCCGUCCCCCACGACUCUCACGGAGCGCUACAGUUCUCCUCCGGCCACAUUCAAACGUCGUCUGUUUGUGGAUCCUCCUGAGAGCGGGACCAAAGCCUCUCCCCGGAGCCUGGCCCCGGUACCCUCCGGUCAGACUGUCGUGGCCACCGCAACACUCUCAGCCAACAACGGCCAGACGCUCACCAUCCCUGUGCAAGGGAUAGCCAAUCAGAGCGGAGGCAUCACCUUUAUCCUCCCGGCUCCGGUGAACAUGACGCCACAGACCAUCACAGCGCAGACCCUCACCGGAACAUUCACCGUCCAAUCAGCUGUGGCCAGAACCUCACCUAGAGCCAAACCAGCGAGCGCCAUCAAGAAAGGCUCUCUGUGUCUGUUCUUCCGGAAGGUGUACCACUUGGCAUCAGUGCGCCUCAGAGACCUUUGUCAGCAGCUGGACAUCGGCUCAGAGCUCAGGACUAAGAUCUGGUCGUGUUUCGAGUUCUCUCUGCUCCACUGCACUCAGCUGCUCAUGGGCCGACACCUGGACCAGCUGCUCAUGUGCGCCAUCUACGUCGUUGCCAAGGUGAUGAAGGAGGACAGGUCUUUUCAGAACAUCAUGAGGUGUUACCGGCUGCAGCCUCAGUCCCACAGUGACGUCUACAGGAACGUGCUGAUCUCAGAGACCACGAGACCAACCACACCCUCCAGACCAACCACAACCUCCAAAACAACUAGACCCACGAACGACAAGCCAGAUUCUCCAAAGAGCAGCAUCCAAACAGCUGCGGAAACUGGUGAAGCCGGGAGUCCAAUGCGACAGUUUGCGCUGAGGUUCGCCUCCGCUACAGGCUCUCCUCCUGCCGUGCCCUUCCCCAGCCUGAGGAGCGGCUCCCCUCGCAGGAUGCUUCUGUCCACGAAACACUCCAUCUACAUCUCCCCCCACAGCUCUGCAGCGCCCUCCACUGACAAGCUGUGCUACUACAUCUGCAGCAGCCCGCCUCAUCGUCUACAGGAGAUAAACUCAAUGAUCCGCUGUGGGGAGAGCAGAAAGCGCCCCCUAUCUGCGGAAGAGGAGCCUGCGUCCAAACGACGUGGCCAACGACCGCAGUCUCCACUGAGAGGAGCUAUAGAGCAGGAACUCUCUGAAACCCGCAGAAGACUUUUCCGAUCUGUCAUGAAGAUCUGA